CGGAGGGCUGCGGUUCAGCUCCUGGAGUCGGAGGUGGCCGGGCGCGUCCCGCCUCCCAGCCCCCAGCCCCCAGCCCGACGCGGCCAUGCUGUCCCGCCUGCUGAAGGAACACCAAGCUAAGCAGAAUGAACGCAAGGAGCUGCAGGAAAAGAGGAGAAGAGAGGCUAUCACUGCGGCGACCUGCCUGACAGAAGCUUUGGUGGAUCACCUCAAUGUGGGUGUGGCCCAGGCCUACAUGAACCAAAGAAAGCUGGACCACGAGGUGAAGACCCUACAGGUCCAGGCUGCCCAAUUUGCCAAGCAGACAGGCCAAUGGAUCGGGAUGGUGGAGAACUUCAACCAGGCACUCAAGGAAAUUGGGGACGUGGAGAACUGGGCUCGGAGCAUCGAGCUGGACAUGCGCACCAUUGCCACCGCCCUGGAGUACGUCUACAAGGGGCAGCUGCAGGCUGCCCCAUCCUAGCCCCUCCCCCUCCUCCUCUGCCCGGCUCCUACCCCUGCGCCCUCCCCAUGGGGCAAGAGGGAAGCUAACAGGCCACAAAUAAAACACAAGUUUCCAUUUCUCUUUGGUACAUGUCAAGGAGCUACUAGCUCAGCAUGGAGGGUGGGAAUGGAAGGGGCAAGACUGUUUCCCUGAGGGACUGGUACCUUCUGGGUGGAGGGUGGAGCCAUCUUCCUCUUACUAUCUCAACUUCCCUUUCUCGGGCCUGGUACAGGUGUCUGUUGGGUAAGCAGAGGUUGGGAGUUUCCCUUACUUCCCCAGAGAAGGUCACAGUGGGGGCCCUGCCCCAAGCACCCUAACUCAGGACUUCAGUUUCCUGCAGGGGAGAAAUCAGACAGGGAGCAGACCUGGUCCUGGCUCUGGUGCUCUGCCUUCCCACGUGCGCAUGACCUCUCCCAGCCUGGUGCUAAGCCGUGUCAUGAGUCUGGACCAGGUGGGAGAUAAACUCUUAAGCAUGGAGGUGCUUUGGGGCUGGGAAGGGGAAGGAAUGACAGGUCCAAGGUCACCAACAGGGAGAGGCAGCUGCCAAACUUGAUAUAUCCCUCCUCCUGGGAGUCCAUGUCAGAGGUAGUCAGGAACCCCAGCUGGAAAAGAGCAAGAAGGGGCGGGCCCUGGUUGCCUGCCUGUGCCAAGCACUGGCUUCAGCCAGCAGGCUUCAGCCUCCCUGACUCCUCCCCCAAGUCCUCCCUCAUAUACGCUUAAUAGUUCUGGUGCCCGGUCCACCCUCUGAGGACUUUGGCCUUAGCUGCAGUUCAGGUGAGAGCCUAGGGAGGCCGGGAGCAAAGUUUCUCAAACAAAGCAAAAGAAGAAGCUUCCGGUGUUACAGCACCUGCUAACUUUCCGAGAGGAGGUAAGCAGGGCACUGGGAGCUGGGGUGCUAGGAGAAGACUUGCAGGAUCUUACGAGUAUUGGUAAAACUCAAAGCUUUAAGCUUUUAACAUGCUUCCUCACAUAUUUUCCCCUUUGAUCCUGUGCAACUUCCUGGUGGUCUUGGUAGGUGUUAGUCCCACUCUGCAGAAGGGAAAACAGGUUCAGAGACACAGUGAGAUACUCAGAUCACACAAUAAAUUUGGGGCCACCAGGACCGAAAUGCAGAGUUCUUUGUCCCCUAUGUGUUUCCUAAAACAAGGCUAGCUUACACUUAUAGAAUUCAGAUGCCCCUGGUUUAGCCAGAGAGCAAACCAGAGACAGCAGACAAGACUCUUCUGCCCCCUUACAGCAGGGUUGCACACGGGACCCGGCUUAUCCACUGUUCAUUGUCACCCACAAAUGGAGAGUCUUCCCAGAUCCUAGCUUUUCCUAGAUAAGGUAUAAUUUUCCAUUUAUCUACAGGCAGAUAAAUGCUCAGGCCAGAGACUUGCAGCUAGGGACACUGUUAAGGGGAAAGGUUUGAGCACCAGAGUAAACUACACAACUUUUCCUGCCCAGCCUCAGCUGCCACCUGCAGAUCGCUUGGCUCCAGCCAUGUGGCUGCCUCUGCUGCUGGGGGUCUUACUCUGGGCAACACUGUGGUUGCUCAGGGACCGGCAGAGCCUGCCAGUCAGUGAUGCCUUCGUCUUCAUCACCGGCUGUGACUCUGGCUUUGGACGCCUUCUGGCACUGAGGCUGGACCAGAGAGGCUUCCAAGUCCUGGCCAGCUGCCUGACGCCCUCGGGGGCCGAGGACCUGCAGCAGGUGGCCUCCUCUCGCCUUCACACCACCCUGCUGGAUGUCACUGAUCCCCAGAGUGUCCAGCGGGCAGCCAAAUGGGUGGAAACCCAUGUUGGGGAAACAGGGCUGUUCGGUCUGGUGAAUAAUGCUGGGGUGGCAGGUGCCAUUGGGCCCACGCCAUGGCUGACGCAAGAUGACUUCCACCAGGUGCUGAAUGUGAACACACUGGGCCCCAUCAGGGUCACCCUCGCCCUGCUACCUUUACUACAGCAAGCCCGGGGCCGGGUGGUUAACAUCAGCAGCGUCUUGGGUCGCCUGGCAGCAAAUGGUGGGGGCUACUGUGUCUCCAAGUUUGGCCUGGAGGCCUUCUCGGACAGCCUGAGGAGGGACAUGGCUCCUUUUGGAGUACAAGUCUCCAUCGUGGAGCCUGGCUUCUUCCGAACCCCUGCGACAAAUCUGGAGAGUUUGGAGAACGCCCUGCAAGCCUGCUGGGCACGGCUGCCUCCAGCCACACAGGCACUCUAUGGGGAUGACUUCCUUGCCAAGUACCUGAAAGUGCAGCAGCGUGUCAUGAACCUGAUCUGUGACCCAGACCUGACCAAGGUGAGCAGGUGCCUGGAGCAUGCCCUGACUGCCCGUCACCCCAGAACCCGCUAUAGCCCAGGCUGGGACGCCAAGCUGCUCUGGCUGCCAGCCUCCUACCUGCCAGCCAGCCUGGUGGAUGCUGUGCUCACCCGGGUGCUUCCCAAGCCAGCCCAGGCAGCCUACUGAAUCCAGCCUUCCAGCAAGAUCUUUAUUUCCGCCGCCACCCUGGUACUGCCUGGUGCCUGACACAAAACAGGCACUCAAUAAAUGUGUAUUUUAAAAAUAAAAGUAGACAGAAAUGAA